AUAUAGUGCAUCUGAAUGGUGCACACACAUGAAAGUGUUUAGAAUUGGGAUUCUUGGUUGGCAUAAUGUUCUUUUUUCUUAAACCAUCAGUACAUCCGAAAAAGCAGAUUGAGCCUCUCCUAAAAACUCGGAGGCCAUGGACCUUCAGAAGCCGAGAGAGCAGGUGGCAGAUGCAGAGUUGCUCAAUCAGAUAGCAAGCUACAACUAUGAAACAGCGGCUGCUUUGCGACGCAAUCUCUCUACGCAUAGUAUCACCGAUUUCAUUCUCCGGCUGCGGAAGAAAUUUGGCAAUGCAGGAAUUCCAGCAAAUAUCGACGAACCGCUUCAGCCGGACGGGUUUGACUGGUCUGCCUUGGGAAAGCUGACAUUGGAUUGCAUGAGUAUGGCCCCAGGUGCCUCGACAAUGGUGGGCCUGUUCGAUUGCAAACCGAAGCAAAGGAAGCAGCCUAUUAAAAGGAGGAAGAGGGAAAAACCAAGAGCUGCCGUCAAUCCUGACCAGAUGUUGGAAACAAAUCAGGAGAAUAUGAAGAAGGAGACUGAUGCGAACAUCGAGACCAUGUUCAAUAUCUUGAGGCGGUUCCGGCAACCAAUAAUGGCUUCUCGGCUGAUCAACAAUCGACGUUCAUUCAGUCAAACGGUCGAAAAUGUGUUCUCGUUGUCGUUCUUAGUCAAAGACGGGCGGGUGGAGCUCACUGUCGAUCCAGAAGGUCGUAUAUGGGCAGCUCCGAAAAAUGCCCCAACGGCAGCGGAUCUAGCAGCAGGCAAAGCAGCGAUGUCACAGUUCAUACUUAGGCUCGAUUAUGAAGACUGGGAGGACAUGCAGGAGCGGCUGGAAAACGAGGACGACUUGAUGCCUCAUCGGGAAGUGGAAAGUCAACCACAACGUCAAGAAGAAGUCGCAUCGACACCCCAUCGAGGUGGUCCUGGGAGUAGUAGAAAGACGACAAGGAAUAGGCUUUGCGAAAACGCUCUGAAUGUGGAGGACUGUAGCAGCACUGCACCUGAAGCACAGGAUUCAGCUGAUGCGGAAGACGAUGAGCUCCGAUGGAGCGGAGGCAAGCGACGGAGGACUGUCGCACGGCCACUGAUAUCAAAACUGGAGACGUCCGCAUCAGCCGUCUUUUACACGCCAUGUGCUGAGUAUGGUGACAGAAUAGAGUUCCGCAUCAGCCAUGUGGCAAUGCCACAUCAGCAGUAUGUGAAGCGGCUUGUCGACAACUCUUAUACUGAUUUGGCAACGGUGUCGAAGGGCUUUCACCUGCGGUUGACAUGGUGCAGGGAGAGAGGUGGCGAUGGGCACAAACCGCCUGUGAUGCUGGAGCACCUUGCAGUGGAGCAAUGUCCCACGGAUCACGAGCAGAACCAUCUCAACGAACGGCCGAAGACCGGGUUGGCACGAUAGCUCAAUUACAAGGAAUUCAAGCAGCGGAUCGCCCUGGUGAGGAUCUACCAGUGAUUGACGGGAGCAAUAUUCACUACUGCUUGCAUGAUAGCUCAAUUACAAAUGGUUCAAGCACUGGAUCUACCUGGUGAGGAGCCUGCCAGCAACUGACGUAAGUCGUGCCUUCAGAAUCUGUUUGCUCAAGCACGCGCAAACCAAUUGCAAUAAUACUCGUGGGCACUUUGAGCUGAUGAAUUGCUGCUGGAACAUUGUGCAGGGAAGCAAUAUCCACCACAGCUUGCGUGCGAGCAGAACCCUCUCAACACGCGAUUGGAGAACAGGUGAGCUAGAGAGAGCUCGGGUUUCAAGGGGGGUUCAACCGUUGAGGCAGCUCGGUGGGGAUGCUGCUGAGGACUGACAUGAGGCAUGCCUUCAUCGUAAUUUUUUAUUGUUGUCCUGUUCUCAUCAUUCCUUAACCUCUUCGUCCGGUUCGUCAAGGUUUUUCUCGACGUCAUCUCGUCAUCUCCAUCAUGCCAUGUCGCUUAACGGGGAACGGUGCUGUGCGAUUGAUGUGUCCUCAUCUCGAAAAGGUAAACAUCUUCUCAUAUUGCAUCAUGAUGAUCAAUGCCCUACUCAACUGGAACGAGAGAGAAACAUCCUCUCCAGUCACCAGCCUGGCACUGUGUUACAUACGCUACGGGUACGUUUGGUGUUUUUGUUCUUAUUCUUCUUACGAUUGCUCAUCUUUCCCAACAACAUUCCUCAAGAAUCCAUCCUUCAGUUAUACCGCCUGUUCGGUUGAGGGAGCAGCGAAUUUUGCAACCAUGCACAAAUUUAAAAUUUUCCAUGCAGCGGUAAGCCUCCGUCAGUUCUUUGUUUUUUUUCCCUUUUAUCCGUUUCUCUAUUUAUGCGUGUCGUUAGGGGCCAUGCCAAUCUUCUCUGUAUCGUUCCAAUUUUGACAGGUGUCCUAAAGCACUGCCUGCAGCCUUCUUCUUUUAGAUUAAAAAGUCGAAGUACUAAAACAGUUACUUAUGGGCCUGUCUCCGUAUGCGUUCUGGGUAGCAUCAGUUCAGCAGCUUCAGCUCCUUCUUGUAUCGUUCCAAUUUUAACAGAUGUCCCGAAGGACUGUUUCCCCAGCAAGUCAGAAAUCAUAGAACUUGUCCACAGUCUGAUGUAGGGGUAAUGGAUUUUCGCCGAACUGGAUCAACAAAAAUACCAACUGCAACUUGGAGAAAAUAAAAAACAGACAGGUCUCACCGAUACAGUACAAACAGGGAUCAAUAAAUUAAAUGGAAUACU